UAGGUGCGCCGUGCGGACUUACGGCCCAAGACGAUCAGCAUUGAUCACAGUCCACCAUUGAGGACAAUCUGCUAAUCCACCACAAGUGGUGGCUGGUAUGAUUUUGGGGCUUGUUCGUCUCACUCGUUACACUUCCCUUGACUUUGUUUCCUUCAUCUUCACGUAAUUACGGUGUUCCAGUGACUUUCUCUCCCUUCCCACCUCACGCCCUCUCCAGGUGUCAGUUGGCCCCCUCCCUUUCCCUUUCGGCGACUUGGAUUUGGUCCUACAACUUCACCGGAAUACUGCCCUGUUGCCCGUGCUGUUUAAAGGAAGGUAUUCCCACAGUGUCCCAACGAAUGCAGUCUACCUUGAGCGGUUCGUCUCGCUCCCAGCGAAGUCCACCUCGACACGUUCCCGCUGGGUCUGCGAGCAGUGCCGAUUCCGCCAUGACCUCGCAGUCUUCCGCACCACGCAGUUCAUCCAGCUCGGGCAGGUCUCAGUCGUCAAGGACUGUUGUGCCCGAUAGACAAAUUUCCCAAAUCGAGAAAAGUGUCACCCAUCUCCUUGUCGCUACAAAACAACUACUGGAGACCUUGACUCAAUGGUCUCGAAGGCAGGCGUCUGAGAAUGAAGUCUCAGACGUCUAUGUACGACUGGGUUAUGAAUUUAACCUAGCCUGCCGCGCCUUCAAUGCGAUUGGUGUUGAUACCUCCGACCUGGGCCCAGUGCCUGACCUCCUCCGCACAAUCCUCGAAGAUACACUGAGCCAGGACGCGUCUCCUCAGAGCCUCGAUCGAUAUCUGCCUCGUAUUCGUGACAUAAUUAUCAACCUCCUCCAUGGUCUCAAGAAGAAGCAGGCUCGCUUGCGCUCGCGGCAGCAAAGGGAAGAAAGCCGGCCCUUACCUGGUCGGCAGGCAAGCUCGGGGAGUGCUGUUAUAAACCAGAUGUAUGAGGAAGCCGCAGCCACCGCCAGUUCGCCGAAAAGGCCAAGUAGUCGUCGGCAUGGAAGCAAUGGCUCACUCGAAGACCAGUCCGGCGGGGCUCAUGCUGGUUCUACAGUGCAGCCUUCAAGCGACACGAGGGGUACUAGCUACUCGGAGAGGGAAGCGUCAAGACGAGAGGCGCAGCAGAUCCUAUCUCAGCCAUCGCAACCUGAGACCGAAACUUCCUCCAAGCAGGACGAUGCUUUGGGUGCCCUCCAAAGAAGUGGAGAACUGGAAAGACGAGCCUCGCGGCGGUUUUCUGCCUACCAGAUACAGAAACAUUUGGGAGCAUCGACAAAUGGUGUCCCUGUUCUGCCAACACAAAAUUCUCCUGUCCCAAAUCGCGGUCGUGAUGUCCGCGAAUCUUUGAAUGCAGUACGCUUGCGAGGGUCUUAUGCACACGGGAGACAACGGUCGAUGAAUCGUCCGCAAGAUGCGGUUACCCCAAGCAAAACUGCGAAGCCAUUGCCAUCCUCUCACCUUGCGCAAGGAGGAGAGGGCGAGCUCACCAAGGCUCGCACCGCAUCUCCGACAGAGUCUCAGGCAAAUGCUUCCGUUGCGUCCCAAAUACGUCCGGACAAAGUGCCACCCCGAUCUGAAGAUGAUACGGUCGAUAGCGCUACAGUUGCCGGAAAACAGCCUGGGCUUCCUCAGUCCGCCGAGGAGCCAUCCCUGGCAGAGGCAUUUGAACCGACCAAGGAUUCUUCCAUACCCAAUGAAGGAGCAGCGCCGGGCACACCAAGCUCAAUCAUGCAACGACCGUCUACCGGUGUAUCAACUCCACCGCAGACCUCGCAGUUUGCAUCUGAACAGCCGUCCCCCGGAAAAGAACUUACCUUAUUUUUACAAUACAAAAGCAAGAUCAAAAAGUAUGUUCUUCCGGAAGGCUACAGCGGUUUGACCAUCGGUAGACUGCAGCUUGCGUUCAUUGAGAAAUUUGCGUGGAACACGCACAACAACGGGGUUGAUCUGCCAGAGAUUUAUAUUCAAGACCCGAUCUCUGGGGUGCGGCAUGAAUUGGAAGAUUUGAAUGACGUCAAAGAUAGAUCGGUUCUUGUCUUAAAUGUGGAUAUACUUGAUGAGGUCAAGAAACAUUUCGAUGAUGAGCUUGGAGGAGUUCGUCGUCUGAUUGAAGGCGUUAAAGGUUCUCUGGAAGGACAAGAAAGUAUCAUCCAGCGCGUGUCAGACCGUCAGUUAGAGGCCGCAAAGGAGAUUGCGCGUCUGGCCGCCGCGCCCCCCGUCUCAAUUCCGACUUCUCUUCCAGAUGGAACCGCUCGGAAGGGCCCUAUUACUGGAAGUAGCAGCCAACUGGCUGAGCUUCAGAGUCUGAAGCGUGACCUUGCAGUGCUACGGCAGACAUACUCGAAUUUCUCGUCGGAUAUUGCCAGCUCCAUGAAUGCGAUUCGUGCUAAGGCAAAUGGUGUGAAAUCUGCAGCUGCAGAUGUUGCCGUGCCGUCCUAUGAAGGAGAUGCUGGUCGUGCCCGUGUCAACGCCGGCAAGAAAGAACUCGCAGAUGAGUCGGAACGACUCGUUGGGCGCGUCGACGACCUUCAGGAUUUGGUUGAAGAUCUUCGUAAAGACGUGGUAUCACGUGGAGUCCGACCCCUCCCAAGGCAGCUAGAAAGCGUCAGCAAAGAAAUUAGCGCCGUCACCAAGGAGAUGAAGAAGAUGCAAGAAUUCCUGAAGCGGGAGAAACCAAUUUGGACGAGGAUUUGGGAGAAGGAGCUCCAGCUUGUGUGCGAGGAACGCGAUCAAUUAACCAUGCAGGAAGAUCUGGCCGCGGAUCUUGAAGAUGAUCUCGAGAAGGCCGCUCAGACUUUUGCUCUAGUUGAACAGGCUACCAAACAGCAGGCGUUGCAGCAGAAUGUCAACGGAGGCGUUGCUCUGCGAAACACCUCGCGCAACGUGGUUAUUGACCCAGCCGUCGACCCCAUGAAGGCGAAGGAUGGCGUUCUGGGUGAGGUUCGCGCACUACAGCCUAAUCAUGAAUCGCGACUAGAAGCGAUCGAGAGGGCAGAAAAGGCUCGACAGAAGGAACUCGAGAAUCGUCGGAUAGGGCUUUUCCAGAAAGAGCUUGGUGCGUUUGUUCAAGAGGGAAAGCUGAAAAAGAGUGGCGGCGUGGAAGAAGCUGAGCGACAACGUCGAGUCAAAGAUGAUCGUAUCCGGAAGGAGGUUUGGGAGAGACAGCAAGCCCGAGCAGCGGAAAUGGAGAAGGCAGAAGCGGAAUCGGCAGCGGCAGCUUCUGCCCAACCUGAGCAGUCAGACCAGUCCGAACAGGCUGAGCAGCCUUCAAUCAAAGAUUCAACAGAAGACAACACUGAAGCAAGCGCCGACAAUGGAGACUCGUCCUCGACGAGCAAGGGCGAGGAAAAGACAGCAUCUUCGGCACAGGCUUCGGCGUCAGAGUCAACCAACGGAGAGGGAGAAGAUACCAAGGAGGACGAGCCAACGACAAGUGAAGGCCCAGUAGACUCGUCAACAUAAUAGCUCCUGUUGUUCGUUUGUCUACUUUCUACACCAUUGAGCACGUCAAACGACCUCGUCUACCCCUACCAAGUCUCUUCAAGAGCACUUGGCCGCACCAAAGCGGCUCGUUUGUGAUUUUUGUAUUACUUUUCAUUCAUUCUCUUCCCUUCCGCUUCCACAGUCAUCUCAUUGCACUUUGUUCUUAUCAUGCCAGUACUCUGUCUAUCCCAGUUCAUCGGCGUUUUUCUCCCUGUCAUUACAUUGUUCGAAAGCGUGAGCAUUGCAUGUUGCUGACGAUACCCCUGCCCUCAUACGGCGUGUUAUGACCCUUGUGACGAUACUAUUGUCCUUGCAUCCUUUGACAUAUUGCAGCUUCAAGUAAUUUUAUACUACCUCAGCGAGGAAUAGAAUAUGUGCA